CAAGCAUUCGGAGCACAAGCCUGUGACUGACUGGCUAUGGAUACAUGUAGCUGAAGCACUCAUGCUGUAAUCCUGCCGCAAUGUGAGCGGAAAGAAGGCAGGUGCGACGGGCAGGAGAAUGGAUCGCCUAACGAUUAGGCUCCAUCGACAGGGUCGCCCCUUGGACCCUGAAAAUUAUGGCGACUUCUUCGUAAAGAUUUCGGAGCGCAAAUAAUGGAAACAAUCUUCCUUGGACUUUCUUUCCUCUUUCGUUGCCUGCACAAUGCUCAGUGAGCACUUCGCAGCAUCCAUAUCUGCGGCGGCAGUUGCGCCCAAAGCUGCACCCAACAGUGUCAAGGAUGUAGGCAUUUCCGUCUUCGAAAGCCAACCGCAUUCGGGCCAAAGAGCGAGUUUCAAAAAGAGCAAUACCACAGCAAAUUGUCUGGCCGUCAGCCCAUCGCACAUCUUCGCCGCGCAAGCCGACAAGGCCGUCGUCAACGUCUACAACCGUGAAAAGGGAAACCAAGAGGCAACGGUGCCAUUUCAAGAGAGGAUAACAUGUCUGGCUUUGGCAUGUGAAGACACCGUGCUGGUGCUGGGUUCGCAAACGGGUCGCAUCUUUGUCUGGGAGACACACACUGGCCGAGUCGUCAUCACGUCGCAAGCUCACCUUCAGCAAGUCACUGCGCUGGUCGUGGACCCGACAUCAAACUUCGUCCUGUCUGCCUCGGCCGAUGCUUCGAUCCACGUCUGGUCGCUUCCCGCUCUGCUUUCCUUCACCAAUGCCGCUCUGCAAGGCCAGCACUCUCCGUUACACACCCUCUCAGGCCACCGUGCCGCAAUCACUUCUCUUGUCGUUGGUCACAGCGCUGGCUUCUGCAACAUUGCUGUCUCUGCGAGCGCCGACCAGUCAUGUAUUGUCUGGGACUACCACGAGAACCAGUUGUUGCGCACCGUCCUGUUACCUGCCAUUCCGCGAUGCCUGACUCUGGAUCCCGCCGACCGCGCCUUUUACACAGCUUACGAUGAUGGAAGUGUGCAGGUGGUUGACUUCUACAGCGAAGCCUUUUCUGCCGCAAAUCCGGACUCGGUACAGCAUCCACUAUACGACCAGGCUCAGGCUGCUAUGCCUGUUCAACCUCCUCAACAGACUCGCUGGACUCCACCUUCAGCCGACCAAGGUGCUGCUUUGAGUGCUAUGCUCAGCUACGACGGAAGCAUGCUCAUGACGGGACACAGCAAUGGAAACGUUCUUGUAUGGGAUGUCCCUCUUGGCCGCUACUCUUCAACCUUCACCUCAAUCCCCAUGAUGGGCCCCGUCACGAACCUUGUCCCCUUACCCGUUCAAGGCUUCCCCGAUACACGCCCUGCUCUCAUCAGCCAAGCCGCCAUCGUCAAGCCAAAACACGCUGCUUUCGACAAGGCCGACCUUGAUGGUGCUAUUCCAGGAAACUACAACUUGAGCUUACAAUUUUCGCGUCAACUUCCCAUGCCCCAUAUCUCCGCUUCAAAGAAACAAGCCGCCGUCAUCGAGUCCGAUUUCCUCACUGCCCUUACACAUCCAGUGUUUCCCGAGUCGUUGCUUGCCGAUUCUCUUGCCGAGCUCGCAAGCUGGAACGGCUCAGCAAAACCUCAGCCUAUCGCGCUUAGUGCUGCCGCUCCUGUCGCUUCUACUGCUCAAGUAGAAGUCCCAGCUGCUCAGCAACAAGUCUCGGACUCUGCUGAUUUCAUGUCACUCGAUGCUCCAGAGUCUGCAUCUGGACCCACAGUCGAACAGCAAAACGAGGCAUUGAGAGCCGAGCUUGCCGCCUUGAAGCGUGUGCAAAGAGCUAGUCUAGUACAGAUGGAGUCACUACGGAAAGAAAAGGUCGAGUUGCUUGCAAAGAUCAGGCAAGACAUUGACGAUGACAUGGAGGACGAAGUGAACGAAGACGAAAAGAGCGAAAGAGCUUGGGGGAGACUAGCCGCGACAGGCGAGUACCUCGAGAGCGAAGAAGAGUCGGAGUAACAUGCAUGUAAAGGCAUGAAUUUUUGUCAAUACCCUUGUCUAUCAAACACCAUAUCCGGCGUUCAAACUGGCGUCCAAAGGCAUUUCAAAAUAGGAAAGGUUGGUUGUUCUAUCGUAGAAAGCGUUUACCAUUACCAUACAUCGUUUCCCUCUGUCCUCCUCUCUCGUCUCGU